UUGUUUUUCAUGUCCGCGGGUUGAAGCGACUCCAAUAACACGAUAUUUAUCCCCUGCAAUGCUAAUUUUAGCAGGGGAACCCCGCCAAAAAACGUGUAUUUUACCCCAUGGAACGUUGGGCUCGUUUUGAGUAGCGAUUCGGCGGGUUUUCUUGUGAAAACCUGGCAGCCCUGCUCCCUCAUCAUAUAACGCGGAAGUUGACAGAAAUAAGACGAAAACCGGUAGAACGUCUCUUCCUUAACAAAUCGCUUCCUUCUUUCUUUUUAAACAACAAAAUUAACUUUUUAAACGGAGAAGAGCUAAUGUUUUAAAUCGCUCUGCGAUAUUUAAACGUCUUUUAAACUCUGCUGAGAAAAUAUUGCCGUUUAGUGAAAGUGAAAGUAGCUACAACAUGGCAGAAUACAGUGACGAGGAUAUCACAGACAGGCCAUCUCUUCUAGAGUCAGACUUAACGUGUCCUGUGUGCAAAGACAUUUUUAAGGAACCCGUGUUGCUCUCGUGUAGCCACAGUUUCUGUCAAGAAUGCCUGGAGGGCAGCUGGAAGAACCAGUCAAAACGGCAGUGCCCGAUGUGCCGAAAAUGCUGCGACGGAGAGACACCGAUCCCCAACCGCGCACUAAAAAACACCUGCGUGUCCUAUAAAAAGGAGAGGAACUGGAGAGGACAGGGUACUGGUGUAGAUGAGGUUAUCUGUGGUUUGCACCAGCGGCCCUUCCAGCUCUUCUGCAUUAAAGACGAGGAACCCGUGUGCGUCGACUGCGUGACUCUUCAUCCAGGACACGAGCUGGUGCCUAUUGAGCAAGGAGUGCCUUUCUGCAAGGAGGAGCUUAACAUGAAAAUCAAAAUACUGGAAAGUAAGCAGGACUCCUUCAAAAGAAUGAAAAAAAGAUAUAAAGAUACCAUCUCCUUUAUUGAGAGCCAGACUAAGGAUGCAGAGCAACAAAUCAAAGAGGAGUUUGAAAGACUCCAUCAGGUCUUACGUGAUGAGGAGACAUCUAGAAUAAAUGCUUUGUAUAGAGAAGAAAAUGAGAAGAAGCAAAUGGUGAAUGAGAAGAUUGAAACCAUCAGUCGUGAUAUCACGGCUCUUGCCGAAUUGAUUCAGGCAGUAAAGAGGGAAAUGGGAGCUGAGGAUUUGACUUUCCUUCAGAAUUUCCAGAAGCUAAAAAGACGAACCCAGUGGACUAGUGAGGAACCACAGAAGGUUCAAGGAGCUCUCAUCAACAUGGCCUUGCAUGUAGGUGCUUUGGGUUACAAAGUCUGGGAGAAGAUGCUGACUCAUGUCACAUGUUUGCCUGUAAUCCUGGAUCCCAACACAGUCUCGCCCUGGCUCUCCAUAUCUCCAGAUUUUUCCAGUGUGCAACAGAGUCUGGAAAGACAGACUUUCCCAGACAACCCUGAGAGGUUUGAUCCCUGUGUUUUUGUCCUUGGCUCAGAGGGUUUCUCCUCAGGGCGCCACCGUUGGGAGGUCCGUGUGGCUGACCACCCCAAAUGGAUCUUGGGAGUAUGCAAGCAGUCAGUGGUUCGGAAGAGAAAGUUCACAGUAACAACAAAAGCUGGAGUGUGGACCAUCGGUCUGAGUAAAGGAGUCUACAGUGCCUUAACCACUCCACGCACUGAGCUGAGUAUAGAGAGAAGGCCUGAAACCAUCAGGGUAAAGGUCAAUAUGGAGAAGGGAGAGGUGUCCUUCUGGGAUACAGGCAACAACAAGCACCUAUGUACAUACAAUGAUAAGUUCAAUGAAAAGCUGUUCCCCAUCUUUGGCCCAGGCCUCCAGAGCACACCCAUCACUAUCUUGCCUGCUAAAGUGACCAUACACAAACAAUAAGUAAAUAUGCUUUAUAUCUAAGCCUGGUGAGACUGAAGAGUCUAAAACCUUCACUAAAGUUGCUACUUAUUUUGAACAGAAUUCAAGGAACAUUUCGGAAUCAGUGCAAAUUAAUCUCAGUCAACAGCAUUUUUGGCAUAAUUCGCCAUGUCCCUCUUUUUCUUUAAAAAAAAAAGAGAAAAGAAAAGAAUUACAGUUAGAAACUUACAAUGGAAAGUGAAUGUGGCCAAUUCAUAAACAUGAAAAUGCUCAGUCUUUUGAUAGUAUAGCCACAAGACUUAAACAGUGUGCAUUAUUAACAUGAUUUUAGUAUGGAAAAAAAAUCACUUACUAACCUUUUCUGUGUAAAGCAAUAUCCAGUUUUACAAUUUCAUCAUCAUGACACAAUAAUGCCAUAAACCCUAAAACCCUUAAAUGACUGUAAAAUCAUGAUAUAAGCAGUGUUACAGAUCAAAUAAUAGUUUUAAAAGAAGAAUGAAUGUAAGUGCUUUAAAAAAAUUAUGAGCUUUUAACUUUUAAACUUUAACUUUUAAAUCCUCCAAAAACUGGACCCGUUCACAUAACCGUGAUCCUUGAUUUUUGCUUCUUUCUUCUUCUUUUUUUAAGAAAACGAGGGACAAAUUGAAAUGAUUUUUUGUGGUAAUCAACGUUAUGCCACAAAUUCUGUUGAUUGUGAAUAACUUACACUGAACAUGGAAAAUUCCUGAAAAUGGCAAAGAAAGAAAUAGAAAUUCACAGCAUUUGCUGAUAUAUUAUACUAAAACUUAUGUUUUUUUUUAUGUUUGUGUGAUUUCCUGUGUCAGGAUGGAGGUAUUUUUUCCGUCCUCCACAAUGUGAAUGGCAUCUUCAUUGCUGCUAAAACACUAUUGAUCGUUCAGUACAGAGUGUCUUUUAUAUCAGUCAACUUCAAAACUUACACUUAAUCCUACUACUGUUGAAUGAUAGUGGUAAACAAAUGAAUUAAACA